AUGUCCGACGCGGAGGAGCCUGUUGACCCUCAGACGACAACUGAUUCCACAGCAGACGUGGACUCCACGUCAGUCAGCGAAGCGGCUGCGGAUGUCAUCAGUAUCCCUCGGCCUUCAGAAGAAGCAGAAGGGUCAGAUGUGACCCGCGGGCGAGAAUCUGAAACGGGGGAAUUCAUCACCGAGAGCGAGGAAAUGGCCGAGGCACCCAGUGAACGCAGCAUUUCCUCAGCAAAAUCGUAUGAUACCAAACACAGGGACGAGGGCGGCUCCACUGAGAAGUCUUCCCUGACUCAGGAAGACGAGCAAAAGGAUGCCACCUAUCAGAGACCAGAAGAUGACUUGCGAUUUCUGACUCAAAUACAAGAAAUAAAGGAGAUUGUGCAGAGGACAAUAAAAGAAUCUUCAGCAACAGUAAAAAUUGUACUUAUUCCUAUAGCCCAGGAAAUCAUAAUGCCUUUUAGAGUUGAUGCUCCUUUUCGAUUACUCAAGGAGCACUUUGCACGCCUAUUACGCCUCCCGCAUUAUGUACUGCAGAUAUCACAUUCAGGAAUUAUUGUUGGGAAUAAUGAGACUCUAAUACAAUAUGGAGUUAAACCACAUGAAAUUGUCCAAGUGGAGAUAUUUUCCACACAUCCCCAACAAUAUCCAGUCAGAAGAAUAGAAGGCUUAAGUGAGGGCUCCCAGAUCAUAACAGCCACCAUACAGACUGACGCCGAGCACUUCGAGGAGGUAGCUGUUGAGAUAAUAAAAUCUGACUUCCACAAGCCAUUUCUCGGUGGAUUUAAACAUAAAAUAACAGGAGUAGAAUAUCACAAUGCUGGAACACAAACCGUACCGAAGAAGGCUCCUGAAAAACCCCAUCAGUUUUGUAGGAACACCCAGACAGUUUCUCAGAGGAAAAAGAUGCAACAAACUACAAACACAACAUCUACUCAGAUGACUAAAAUUGGUGUGUAUGUAUCAAACAUAACUGAUAAGUUGCUCAAACCAGGAAGGUACUUUACAGCAGCAGAGUUCCACGCUAAAAGGUUGGAAGCGGUAAGAUAUUUAGAUCUGGAUGACCUGUCUGUUGAUGUGAAUAGGGAGAAGCUUUCUCAAAAAAAGAAAGAAAGGAAGGAAGAAAGAAAGGAAGAAAGAUCAGGAGAGUGUGUGGCAGUUUGGCGGCAAGAAGAAGCUGAACAAAUUAACCAACAAUUAACUCAAGCUGAAAGGAAAGCUGCUCUGUUCGAACUUUUGGAAAAAGAGACUCAGAUAAUUGCUUCCAUCGGGAGACAUAGAGACUUUGCUCAAGCAGAGAGACAGGAAUUAGCUAUAAAACGUUUUCUGGAUAAGUGUUCAGCUCCAAAGAUCUGGAGGAGACCUGAUGGCCAGGACAUUGAAAUGGACACACAGUUCACUAUAAGAGCCAGAGAAUUGCAGAGCAUCUACCAGUGUAUCAUGCUGAAAGACCUCUCUCAGGAUGAGAGGCUGGAUAUACUCCUGACCCUGAAGCACACUGUGAAGGAACAUGAAUGUAAACUGACCCAAGAAAUCCUAGAAUUGAUUGACAGAGAAGUUGACCUUAUGAUGAGAGGAGUCAAAACUAAUAAUCUUGAAGGACUCAGGAAAAGGAUCACGACACUCCUUUUUCACUACAUCAAAACACCUCUGUUUAAUCCUGAAGUUGCAAGACACCUUAAGGUCCCUCAAGACCCACUGAAGUUUUAUGAUAAGAUUUAUUUUUGCCACAGUUGCCAGUUGUAUUUGCCGUCUGUGGAAUUUUCUGUGUCACCCACCUUACGUCGUAUGUACCGCUGCCGCCACUGUGUGAACCUUGAGAAUGAGAUUGAAAAACGGGAAUCGUUUUUGAAGUACAAGUGUUUACUUCAGCGGCUCUAUUUCUCAGAAGCUGACUUUGCGGAUGACUCUCAGAUUGCUUACCUCAUGCAGCUCCAAGAUAUUAAGUACUUGACAGAGAACAUCUGGGCCUCCCAGUCCGUCCUCAGUGCCUGGGAUGAUCUCAAUGACCUGGUCAUGGUCAGGUGGGAUAAGAGCAUGGAGUGGUCUCCUUGGAACUGUAUUCUUCUCACCAAGGAUGAAGGGGCAGCUCACCUCAAGCUAGAGAGUAUUGAGGAGGGGUAUGAACGUCUUUUUAUUCACAAGAUCAAGCACAAACAUAUCCUGGCUAAAAACUAUUUUUCACAGGUUCCAGUGCUGGCUUCAAUUCUACUUGCAGAUAGUGAAUUAGAAGAUAUCAGAAGUAAACACUGCACAGAUAAGCCACCUAAAAUUAUAGAAGCCCGUGGGAGUCAUACUUAGGGAGCUCAGGGAUACCAUUCUGAAGAUGAGCAUUUUUGUUCUCUACUAAGUAAUAAUA